CGAAUCGGAACAUGCACUGGUCUCAGCAGAAACCUAUUUCUACCGGCAUCGACUAAAACAGAAGAUAUCGAAGCAGCCACUCCCAUCCUUACGCCAUGUUUACCACUUCUACCUUCAAUAGACGCAGUCCCUGGCCUAAUCAACAAGCAAGGAUGCAUCCUAGCACACGGACCUUGAAGUUUUGGAAACCACGAUACCAUCUUGACAUGCGUCGCACUCAGUCUGUUUCAUCAAGCGAGGAUGGUGCUGAUUCCGCAGGUCUCGAGUUAUCCUUCCUAGCGAAGCCAUCCCCUUGCUUGUCAUUGAAGGGGAUGGACUCGCAGGAUCGCUAUCCCCCCCGCCGGCCGAUCACACAGUCAGUAUCCAACCUUGCUGCACCAUCCCGCGACGAGAUAGACACUCCUGAUAAAGACGACAUGUCGGUUUCGGGCUGUUCGCAUGUCGCUAGAAGUUUAUCAGAGGUUGUUGAACGGGAGGUUACCACAGUUGCCAGCUCACCGAACCCUGUGUCUGCCUCGACGGUAGCCAUCGGAUGGGAAUACCCUCGACAUUCGAUCCCCAGCCGUGUUGGUUUUCCCUUCCGCCAAACUUCUAGCAUUGAUCCCGACGCAGCGACUAAUAUCCCUCAUAUUAUUGUCUCAGAGGACACAUCACCAACUAGGGAGGCCACCGGUCAAGUUUCGGAGUCCAGCGAAUUGAUGGUCUCGCUGCAAAGCCGUACCCACGCGGGUACGUACAAUUGGGCCAGGGACGAGAGAGAGUUCCUAGAAUAUCUUCCAUGUCGCAUAAACCACUAUGCCAGGAAGUCCUACAUAGACGAAUGGGACCCAGCGAAAUUCACAGUGCCUGCUAUGCUAACCGAAUUCAAUACAGUUAGACGUAUCUUGCCUCAAACCGAAGAGGAAGAGGUUCUACCUGAGGGUUGGACAAAGCAUACACAUUCAGAUGGGAAGUCAUAUUUUUAUCACGAUAAAGAUAAAGUAAUCACCGAGGAGUGGUUGUAUGACAGAGACAUUGCCGAGAAGGUAUCUAGAUACAUCGCCAUACUCAACGAUGCCAUUUCGAAAAGGGCCGUAUCAUUUGGUCGUAUCAAAUCCUGGCAUCUAUAUGUGGAAAUCGCGGAAUACGGAAUACCUUCGUGGGAAGGUGAUAAUCGCUGUCGCUGCAAAUACUACUUUGUCAACCUCGAUGAAGAAUGCAUCUUCUGGCUCUCCAAGUUCCAACUGGAUGACUAUCUAUGGGAGCUCAGGGGAGAUAUGAGCCCGGAUUUCAUUCGCAGAUUCCUACAAAGAGAAUAUUGGAAUCACCAGUAUUUUUUCAGCGACAUUCACCCACUUACGAAAGCGCAGUGGAGAACAGUCCAAAAAUACGUCUUACUCGCAGAAUCAGAUGUAAACAUGUCUGACACUUCAACCGUGACUUAGAGCAUUGAUAAACUGAAGAACAUGGGCAAAUCCAUUGUCACAGCAGAAGGUAAGGCAUCGUACUUUAGUAAUGAUAUUUCCAUCGACGGAGUCUUCGUCUCAGAAUUGGAUGUUUCCGAAGUGGCAGGCAAGCCUAGUCUACCAUAUUUGCCUGUCCUUUUCGCUGAAAUCACAUUCAGCGUCGUACAUGAUGGCUUUGUUACAUGACCAAAUUCUCAACUAUUACGGUCAGCGGGAUGCAAGAACCGAUCGGGGUGAAUCUAUCUACGGAAGCAAUC